AUGAAGCACCUCAUCCUCGUCGGCGCAUGCUACCUGGACACGAUCCUGACGGUCCCCCACUUCCCCGACGAAGACUCCAAGCUGCGCGCGACCGCACUGCAGGUGCGGCGCGGGGGCAACUGUCCCAACUCGCUCGAGGUGCUCGCCCAGCUGGUGGCCCGGGGCCCGCAGCGGCUCCCGAUCCAACUGCAUCUGGUGUCGUGCCUGCCCGACGCCCGGUCGGCCGCCACGCGCAAGAUCUUGUCGUCGUUUGGCAACGGCAACGGCGACGGGGAUGGCAACGGCGAUGGCAAUGGCGACGGCCUCGGCUGCGACAUCGACUUUAGCCACUGCCUCUACCGCGAGGGCUACGAGCAGCCGGCGAGCUGCUACAUCGUCCGCAGCGGGGAGACGGGGAGUCGGACGAUUGUGAACUUCAACGACCUGCCGGAGAUGACGGCGGGCGAGUUUGAGGAGAUUGCCGACGCUUUUACGAAACACGGGGGGGACGAGUGCUGGUGGCAUUUCGAGGGCCGAAUCCCAGAGACAACGCUCCGUUGCAUCCGCUACCUCCGCCGGGUUACGCCGGCGAGCACCAUCAGCGUCGAGGUCGAGAACCCUCACCGGGAAGGCCUGGUCGAACUUGCCGCCGAGGCCGACGCCGUCUUUUACUCGAGAAGCUGGGCUGAACGAGUCGUGGGUCGGCGAGCUAAGAACAUCUCAGAGCCGAGGGCACACAACUCCGGAAUCUUGUCUCAGAGCCGAGGCGGCAUCAUCGUCAAAGGCGGCGCAGGGCUUCUUGCGCUCCAAAGUGGCGAAUACAUUCACCAUCCUGCAGCUCCGUCUGGGGAGACGAUAUCAGUGGUCGACACUAUCGGCGCGGGUGAUACGUUCAUCGCUGCGAUGCUGUAUGGCCUGCAUGCUGACGCCUGGAGCCGUGAGACAAAGCUCGCCUUCGGUGUCGGACUGGCCACCAAGAAGGUCCAAACGGAGGGCUUUGCAGGACUGGUAACCUAG